AGAAAAUAAUUUUAACCAAAUUCAAGUUGUUAAAACAGUUAUCUUAUUUUACAUAGUUAUCAUAGUCAUAUUUAUUCGCUUUUUUUUAUAUUUGUGUAAGUUAUAUAAGUAAUAAAUAAUAUAAUUCUUUUAGUAAUCACUGUACUAUAUAAAUCUACGAAAAUAAAAAUGAAUUGUCGGCUAAUUUAGUUUACAAGGAAAUCGAAAUUUAAUUUAGCAGCAGACAGGAAUUCCUUAAAAAAUUAUUUCCUUGUCUACUCAUCGAAGGACACAGUAAUUCAUGAUACAAUAAAAGUCAAAAUAAGAAGGAAGACACUUUGAAAAACGUUCAUUUUUUGUAUGCUCAAACAAUAAUAAAAAAUAUCGAUUCCUUAUCAACAAAGAAUCAUAAAAAUCUAUUUUCUCAUUCGAGGAUCGCCAUUAACACCGAUAUAUGUGUACGAGGUCGUCGAUUGAAAUUCAACUGCCUUCGCGUAUCAUCGUUGGAAGUCCGGGAACGAAACUUCCGGAUAUUUCAUCGAAGGAAAAAGAAGGGGAAGGACCUUGUAAGAGUUCUAUACACAGAAGUGAAACGUAUGGAAGAUUUGAAUCAGGAAGAAGAGUAUGAUCCCACCAAACAUCGUGCACCAGAAGCAAUGACGUCAGAUUUCAUUGCGUUGCUGCAUCUAUUCAAAUCUUCUUUGGGCAAUGGUAUAUUUUUUUUACCAUAUGGAUAUAGACGAACUGGUUAUAUUGUGGCAAUAUUCUGUGGUUUCUUUAUUGGUAUAUUGUACAUGCACAUGAUUUGUACAUUGGUGCAAUGCUCUCAGAUAUUGUGCAGGCGCAAUCGUGUACCGAUGUUGGAUUUCGCCAAAACAGCGGAGGCCUCGUUUCUCAGUGGUCCACCGAAGAUUCAAAAGUAUGGGAGAACGUUCGGCGUCUUGAUUAAUGUGGUCGUUUGCCUCGUACAUUUCCAGGGCACCGCGAUAUCCAUCCUUUAUGCAUCCACUUUGUUCCAGCAAAUGAUCGAAUAUUUCUCCGAAGUCGAAUUGAAUCUUCGAUUCUACAUAAUUGGGAUGUAUCCAUUUACCUGUUUAUUUGGUUUUCCAAGUUUCAAGUAUCUGGCGCCAUUGACCAUGCUCGGUUCCAUAUUCAUAUUGAUAGGCAUUGCCGUCACCUUGAAUUAUCUCAUCGAGGAUUUUCCUGAUCCGAACAGAUUGGAAACUUUCACUCAACUGCUACCAAUCCCUUCGUUCUGCAACUUAUUCCUGUACGCUCUGCACAACUUGACCGUGACCAUGCCGCUCGAGAACAGGAUGAGGACUCCGCACAACUUGCAACGAAUGUUAAUACUCAAUGUAUCGUUUAAUGUCUUAUUGUACACGACAUUCGGGUUCCUCGGUUACAACAAAUAUAUGCACGAUGUCUACGACACUGUAGUCAAGAAUCUACCCGUCGACGUACCACUCACGCAAACAGUGAAAAUAACCGUUGGCCUGGCUGCUACAUUCUCGUUUGGAAUAGCUUAUUUUGUACCAAUUUCAAUAAUAUUGCCCAAGAUCCAAAAAAGAUUUGGCAAAAUAACUGAAUAUUAUGAUGAAAAUAUCUUCCGUAUAAUUGGAGCAACCGCAACGACAAUAUUGGCAAUUGCAAUUCCGCAAAUGUUGCCUCUACUCGGAUUUCUUGCAGCGUUAAGCAUGACCACGAUUAUAGUAUUGAUCCCUAUAGUGAUAGAAACAGCGACGAAAUGGGAGACUGCCACUCGAUUUCUUCUCGUAAAAAACAUUGUUAUUUUUAUAAUAUGGAUGGUGUUGUUCAGUUUUGGAAUAAUCGAGAGUGCAAUAACGAUCAUCAAAGAAUACAAAUGAAUACGAUGCGAAAGAGAAAGGAUGCUGAUUAUCGAAGUUGAUUAAUGAAAAUGGCACUAAUUCUCUCUGCUGCAUGCAUCUAUGAAGAGAAUCGAAGAAAGUGCAAAAUCUAUUCGCAACCCGAUAGAUUACUUUGCAACACAAAAGUGUACAAUCUUACGGUACAAUUUAACUGCAAAUUUCAUUCAUCAUUGUUUUAUUGAUUUAAUCCUUUGUUUAUUAUUUUAUCCAAAUAGAAAAUACAUAACAGAGGAAAGUUAGAAAUACUUGAAGCAAGAGACAAUGAGACAAAGAUAAAUAAGAUAUUGUUAUGUGUAUAAAUAUAUAUUUGUAUUAAAAAUAUAAUAUUGAUAUUUAUUGA